AUGAACGCGUCACGUGGAACGAGGUCGUCCGGUCGGUCGCGGGGUAACAGGAUACGCAAGUUAUUGCUGUCAGAGUACCGCGAGUUCUUCGAGACGAUCCUGGUGGAGUCGCCGUUCGCGGAGACCACGAGAAACGGACGGGGAGUGCGUCAGGUCGCCCUGGGCCUCACGCCAACCAGGUUGAUCGUCGCCGCCGAUAUCCUCCAGACUAAUCCCGAUUUCUUUUGCCCGCCCGGUAUCGACGCCAGUAUCGAGAGCUUCGAACUGGUCUCCGUGUAUCCCUUAGAAUAUGUCACGCUCAGCGUGUUCAGGAGGAGACGUCGCAGGACUCUGAAGGCAAGAUUCAUUAACGGUCGAGUUAAUUAUUAUGAGCUCGGCGGCGCGCAGCGCAGGGUUUCUUGGAAGAUCUGGUGCGAACAGGUACGAAGAUUACUGACCCAGAAGGUGGACGGUAGCUCGUUAUCCGAAACAACGGCGGCGAGCUCGUCGAGCAGUAGCACCCUGUAUUUGUUGUCGUCCGAGAUCGAAGUCAGGAGUAAUCGCGACGCGAAAUACAAGAGAUCGGUAUUCAGAGUAUGGAAUCAUUAUGGAGGAGCCGGCGAUUAUAUUAUUCCCACGUGGACCGAUAAGGACUUGUAUCUCGGGCCAGCUUAUAAUGAAUUGACGAACGGCCGUUAUACCCCGGUUCCGGUGAGAUUCGCCGGAGCCAGCCUAGAGGAUCUCAGGUACGAGCUGGAGGAUCGCACGCGUUACAUCGCUUGCGAGAAAUCCUGCCACAGCUGGCCGUGUCAGACGAGAUUUGGCGGUCGGGCAAGAUUGCAACGCGCCGACGGUCUCUGCAAUGUCCUUUUCGCAAGAAGUCGCAACGCACGUCGUCACGAUUACGCGGCAAGUUGCAAAAAGCGCCGAAACAUGCUCUUCGAAGAAGAUUUCAUCGAGCACGUGGAAAAGAAAUACGGAAAACGCCAGCAACAAUAUCGGGAAGGACCAAAGAGACCUUUAGCGUCGAAGAUAUCGCGUUUCGGCUUUGGAGUGCCGGAGAAAUGCAAUUCCGAAUUGAUUCUGGGCCCUUAUCGCGGCGAUUCGGGCUACGUCGACGUCGUCGAUCCUCGCAAGCUGAUCGAGAGCGGCGUGACGAUCUGGGAGGACAAUUGCCGAUCCUUGAAGGAUAGGAGGCAUCCGCGGAGAUACGGCUUUUCCUCGGCGGCGCAUUUCUUCCACGCGCUCGGCCCGUGGUCCGUACAACCUGGCGAACGGGAAACCGUGCAGACUCUCAGAUCACCGAGCGCGGUUAACAUCCGCAGACAACCCUCGGAUCCGGAGCUGAGGCUUCCGGUCUCGCGCCGUCAAUUGACAGCCAGCGUCUCCUGCGCCGCUUUGACAUCCGGCGGAUCCAGCAUCAUUGGCACCGUCACUAGGGGACGAGUGAUACUCUUCUGGACGCCAGAAUAUUGGUACAGGCCUCAGGCAGCGGCAGCUGCCUACAGAGAGCUGAGGCAUCACUUGGCGUCUCUGCAGAACUUCCGACGCGGGAAGGAGAGGCAGACGAGAAGAAAGUUCUUCUGCCGACGAAAGAAUCGGCUCUCAGGCGAGGGCUAUAAUUUCGAGGCUGUAAUUACCGGGAAAUCCAACAGUCUCUUGGAUCGCGUGCUUUCCAUCAAUGGCGCGCGCAAGACGAGCGGGAAGACGAGCGAGAACGCCGACGACGUCGACAGGGGCACGGCGCAAUUACGGAGAUUGUUAAGGAUGAAUCUUCGCAUCACCGUGUGGGACUUGGACAGCACCACCCUCGCCGCGCAACUCACCUCGAUCGAUCGCGAUCUCUUCGUUCGCAUCCCCGCGACUGAGAUCGAGGCGCUGAUCUAUCAGAGAUCGUCGCGCAACGCGCCGAAUCUGGGCGCGUGGAUCGCCUUCAGCCACCGGAUCGCCUGCCUGACCGUCAGCGAGAUCCUCGCGAUCAGGCAGCUCGACAUGAGGACCAGAAUCAUGGCGAGAUUCAUCAACGCCGCCGAUAAGUGUCUCGCGCUUGGUAAUUUUCAGUCCUGCAGGUCUAUCCUGGCCGGUCUGCAGGCACCGCCGAUUUAUAGGCUUCGGAGAAGCUGGUCUUACCUCAGGACUCAUCACGCCAGCAGAUACGCGGCGAUGGAGAGACUGUCCAAGAUUUACAAGAGCCCACGUUGUUCAAAGUACCAAAGAGCUUGGGCCGCGGCCAAACGCAAUCCACCUUGUAUGCCGUAUGUUGGUCAUUUUCUGAUCAAAGUUCUAGGAUUAAAUGGCCUGAGGGAGAUUCAAACGAACUUUGCAAGGAGACAGUCGACAGCGCGAGUCAACGAGGCUUCAGAAUUUCUAUCUAUUAAUAAUAACUUCAACAAUCUUCACUCGGGAGAUGACAAGAGUCCGACGGAAUCAAAACAAUCUCUGGCCAGGCGUAUUUUCGCAGCGACGCUGGCCAGGAUAAAGUUCGCGGCGCGCCAGAACGUCGUCGACGAGACCAAAGGUGACGUCUGGACGUGCAGACAGCGAUAUCUCGCGCGCAGGUUUUUCCAUCGUUGGCGAGUGAUCGCGUUGGAAUCGCGAUUACGCUCGGAAAACGACAGAAAAUUGAAGAACAUGGACUCAAAGAGGAGAUGUGUCCUCGAUCUCGCAGCCUGGCUGACGGACCGUCAGAGAUUCGCGUUGGGCUACAAUUUCCCGUUGAACUCGUUCGCGUGUGAGUAUCUUUUGAAAGCGCGUUACAGGGAGGACCGCGAGAACUUCUUCAUCAGCCUCAAGCUGGAACCGCCUAGGACAACUUGAACUCGAUGCGCGCUGAAAGAUUUCGAUCGUGAUUAGUUACAUCGUUGGGGAUUGUUGUGCGAUCGCUGAUUUUAAUUAUCAUGCGUUCAUUUCGAGAGCAAAAGAGAACCGCAGCUAUCUUAUUGUUUCGAGUGCAAUAAGACAGAUAAAAUAUCGAUAUACUGCGCCAACUGCGCCGAUGGUUCAUCUAGAAACAUUUGUUUUAAACAUUGUCUUUAAGAUAACGAUGUACCAUUCAGUAUUACUUGCAUACGAUUUAUUCAGAAGCACUUUUACUUAGAAAAAGUAUCAUAUCUACACGCGCUUUGUACGAUUAUUAUUGCUAUAAUAACUUUAAUAAAAAUAAGUCUUUGAAUACUGUAAAUAUUAGGUAACGAGUGCUAAUUGGUACUUUAUAUGUUUCUGUAUAAUUUGUUAUAAUUUGUUAUCCGGAAAGGGAAAGGAUUAAGACGAUUUCUUUAUCACCGUUUUAUUCCGAACACAGUGUAUACAAUUGUUAUUUUACACAUGUUAUACGCGUGUAUAUAUAAAUAUGUAUAUAUAUAUAUAUAUAUACAUAUGCAUAUACACACAUAUAUAUUCCUUCGCAUAUUUCUCUAGGAAAUUUGUCAGUCGUAAACUUAAAAAAUGUGUAUGGUCGAAAAAGUGAAUAUCUGAACUGAAUGAUAAGUAUCAGAUUCUGACUAGAUA